AUGUCAGAAAACUUAAAAGUAUUUGGACAAGGGAAUUAGCCACUAUAAUAAAAUAAAUUACAAAUAUAGAUUAAUGAUUCAUUCAAUGGAGAUGGUAGUACUCUUUUUUAAUCAAAGUAAAAUUCAUAGUAAAGGAAACAUUCUAUGCCUGUUUUAAAGCAAUAAUCACAUUUUGAUUGUGAUAAAUCUAAUAUGUAAACGACUCAGAUUUUAGAACUAAAUUCAGAAAGAUCAUAAUUUAAAAUUAAUAAUGGAGAAUUCAAGUAAAGUAUGUAACGAAAAUCUACAAAUUUAGACUCUUCAGAGAGGUAUUUGCUCUCAUAAAUAUCUAGCUUUAGAAGUUAGCAUCAUUCGCCAUUAAAUGAUAAAACUCUUUAUAAUUAGUUUAGCUUAAAUACUAAAAGAAAUAUUGGAAAUUUCGAAUCUUUAAAUGAAAUAGGGCAAAGGCUUAAACUGCAGUAUCAUGGAAAUGUGAGUACUCCUCAAAGUGGAAGCGCUAGAUCUUCUAAGAACUCAAUUUAGAAUACCUUAUAAUAAAAAAAUAAUUUGACUUAUUCUGCUCAAAAUUAAUUAAACAGAGAUAGCUCUUAGAAUAGCUAAGAUUAAUAUCAUAAAAAAAUAGUAUUAACUCCAAAAGUAAAGACUGGCAUGAAUCAAAAUUUUAGUCUAUUUUAAUCGCCACAAAGUUCUAGAUUUUAUUAAUAGUCUUUUAAAGAUCAAUCAGAUUCAUUUAAGCUGAAUACCUAAUAAUUUAAUCAUCCUUAAGAUUUGCAUAUCGAUUUGAAAUUUCUGGCUGAAAAUUCCACAACUUAAGUAUUAAAUAAAAACGCACCAAAAGAGAAGAAGGCAGAUGUUUCUAAACAAAAUUGGGGUAGGCCAAUAACAGAAUAAAAAUAAAGAUUCGUCUCUUUGGAUUAAGCUAAUAUAAAUGAUAUUUAAUUUGAAAAUAAAAAAGAUGAAGAAUAAUUUCUUAAAAAGAAUGUCCCUCUUUUUAACAAAAACUUCUUAGGUAUAUAACUUGCACUCAAUAAUAAAACAUGCCUCAAAAAAUUGUUAGUGACUUCAAAUAAUUCAAAUGAAACCAAAAAUGAAGAUUAAUACUAACAAUAUUCUAAAAAUUAUAGAAACUAAAGACUAUAAAAUUUAAUAUUUAAUAACAGCAGCAGCAAUAAUAAUAGUAAAAACUUCCUUUAAGAAUAGUAGCCAAGUUAAAUUAAUUAAAUCACCAAGAAAAUUUUUGGUCAAGUCUUUCCAGGCUAAAAAGAUUCUCCUUACAAUUCAAGCUAAUCUGCAAAUUCUCCAUCGUACUCGGAAGCAUUUUUUAAAAACAGUGGUUCUUACACAGCUAAGUUUAGUUCAAAUGAGAGAUAAUCCGAAAAUUAAGCUGCAAUUAACAUUGGAGGAUUUUCUACUACUACUCAUAGAUUUUACAAUUAAAAGAGUGAUUAAAGUUUAACGAAUAAAUGGAAAUACAAAUAAAACAUACAAGAUAAAAAUAUAGCUUAGACAGGAUAACCUAAAAAUUCUAACUUCAAUGAAACAAUAAAUAAUCACUCAUCAAAUUAAAUAUUUCUCCAAAAUAACUUUACCAGUCAAAAAUAACUCUCAUAAAAUCUAGGUUAAAAGCUUUCUUCGUCAUUACUUUCAUGCUAGAAGAUUAUAUCUCCAAGAUCUUCGCAUAAUUUGCUAUUGUAAAUACACUAAAUCGAUGGAGAUGAUACCAAUCAUUUGAAAAGCAGUUAACAUAGAAUCUCAAUCAAAGCACCAAGCGAUUCCAAAUUGGAUAAACAAUAAUAAAGAUCUUAAAAAAAUACAUCCAUCGUUUUAGAGAAUUCACAUAACGACCAUGAUAUUUCAUUUGAAUAGUAAAAUUAAAUGAAAUUUACUAAAAUAUCAGAAGAAAAUGAAAAUAUUCUAAACGAUUAAAAUUCUAAAUUUACUAGUAGAUAUAAUGAGCUCAUUCUAUCAAAGAGAAGAUCAAAAUCUAGCUACUAGUAAUCUCUGUAAAAAUAGAUUUCAAAACAGAUAGGAAUUGAUUUAAAGAAGUGUAUGCCUCAAAAAAUGAAAAUAGAUACAUUUAGGAAACAAAGUCACAGUUAUGAUCACAGAGGAUAAAAGCUAUUUACUAAAACACAAAUAUAAGUUUGCUUUGAUGAAAUUUAAAAAUAAAUGACUCAAAAAAUAUAACAUGAUUACUAAUACAAGCUAAUGAUUAGUGAAACAGAACUCAAUUAGGAAUAAUUUAUUGAAAGGCUUCUAAUAUUUAUUUCUUACUGCUUAAAUUAAAAUUUAGUAAAUAGCUCUUUAAAUGUUUCUAAAUCGCAUAAGCAGUUAUAACCUAAGUCUUUAAUUAUAGCAGCUGAGACUUAAAUUCAAAGCCAACAUUUACAAUAUAAAAGUUAAGAAAAUAAAUUACAACAAUAAGUCUAUCAAAGCAGUUAAUAAACAAGAGCUAAAAUAAAAUCUAAUGGAGCUUUUAGACUUUCAACUUCUUCUUAAUAAACUUUAAAAAACAUUUUCAGCGAUUUAGCUAUCCCAUUUUAGUUUUAAUAAAUGCUCAUUGAUGAUAUUAUUGAAAUAUUUAAGUAAAGAGUUUCAGAUAAUAAUGCCCUAUCAAUAUUUUAAGAACAUCUAAAGAGGAGCAUAUAGACUAUUUUAAUGCCAAAGCAGAUCAUUCAAGAAAUAGGUGGUAAGCUAAAUGCAAAAAGGAUCUUUACACAAGCAUUUGAACAUUUAGAAGAAGUCUAUUUUGUGAAUAAGCAAAGUUACUUAAAUGAUAAUCAUAGCAAUAAAGAUGAAAAUGAUUUAAAUCUUUACAAAACAGGAGAAAAUCUAAUUUUAGAUUACAUAAUAUCUCUAAUUAAUAAUGAAAUACGAUCUUUUGAUAGUGAAAAAAACAUUAUUUAAUUUUCUAAUUUGCAUUUCUUUUUUUUCAAGCUAUCAAUAUAAAGCAUCUGUCUACGACAAGGAUUAACCUAAAAAUAGACAUUUUAUCUACUUGAAAAAAUUGAAUAAAACAGAGACAAUUUAUGUAAUUCUGAUUAGAGCUUAAUCAAUAUCAAUGAUUUUGCACAAAAAAGGUAACUAGCUAGCGAGCUUCUUCAUUAAGAUUUUAUGAAUUACAGUAUUUUAAACGAGGAAUAAAAGAACAUUUCGAAUAGCUUUAUCUUGCUUGAAACUAUAAUAGAUUUUAUUAAUAACAAGAUAAAAUGUUAGCAAUUUACAUAUUUUAUAUAAAAAAAAUUUUAGCCUGAGAGCCUUUAAAACGGACUAUUAUCAAAAAUAUUUCACUUUGCAAAAACACAUAUUUUUCCAGCAGGUUUGAAAUAAUACUAAGAUAAUAAUUAGCCUCAUCCUUUAUAGUAGCAAUUUAAAAGAAAAAUAUAAUUUAUUUAAGAUGAAAACUGCUCUUAGAUACCUCCUUCAUAACUAUGGCCUUUUGAACAAAAAGAAAAAAUAUGGAAAGAAAUGUUUAAAAAGAUUAAAGGAACUUCUUUAAACAGUACGCUUUCAAAUAUCAAAGAAUAAAAUUAAAUUUCUAAUGAUUAUACAUAAUUUUAAUAAAAGAGGAGUGUGGAUAUUAACAAUAAUUAACUCCAAAAAUAAGCAUAAAAUUAAAAUAUAACAAACUAAGAGGAAGUGAAACCUUCUAAGUUAAGUAAGGAUGCUUUUGAACAAGAAACAGAUGUAUUUAAUGUAAAAUAAUAAUUAAUAAAAUUAAAUACAUCCCACAGUUAAUCUAAUAGCUUAUGCUUUUUGAAAUAUAUUUAUGAUUUUGCUUUUUCAUUUUUUGAUAUUUUUUCUGCCAUAGAUAUCCAAGCAGCUAAAAACUUUUAUUAAAUUAAUACUAAUAUAUUCGAUUAAUGGAUGGAUUAAAUUAAAAAUGAUUCAUCUUUAACAACACGGGAAACUCUGAAUUAAUAAAUUUCUUACCUGAAAAAGUAUUCAUUACUUUAUUGA